UCUCGGAUACUGAAAGAGAGCAGACGACAAAUAAUUUUGUUCUAUCUGAGGGAAAAAGUCAUGUGCUCCCGCUGAGUUGAAUUCAAUAACGUGGGAGCAAAUUUCCUUAGCUCUAGGCUGUUUUGGGGGUGAAAGUACUAUCAAAAUGUCCUAUUAGUAUUUUCGAAUUUAUUCUAGGUGCGUUCUAAAAAAAAAGAGUUUAAAACUUUUUGUUCAGUUUUUGUGAAAAGAAGAUAAAUAGUGGUAAGACUGGAAAAAAGGGGUCAAGAACAACUAAUGUAUGAUUCAGUGACAUGAACAGAUGAAAAAAUGACGUCACUCAAUAACAUCAACCCUGAUACCAACUACAGAAAAAUGGAUCCGGAAGUUCUCAUAGAACUUCCCGAUCCAAAAAUAAUCAAUGACAGUUGUACUAUAAUUAUGAAUGGACAUCACAACUAUGCCAUGAAUGAAGAAAAGGAAACAGCAGUUCAUGGUGACGAAGAAAUCGAACCCUUUUUAAACCACACGCCAUCCAAUCAUAAAACGUCGUCCAAUAUGUAUCCGCUCAAAGAAUCAUUCACCACAUCUAGUCUUGAAGAGGAAAGUGAUCCAGAAUUAGAACCGGAGAGUUCAACUCACUUGCUCCAAGGCAAGGAGCAGACUCAGUUAAGCCCAAAAUGUCUGAAAGGUAAAGCCAAAUUACCAUCCUUUCGUUCGCCAAGCAAGAAACAAACAUCCAAUGACGCUCAUUCUCAUAUCCAACACAGACCUUUGGGUCCAGUUCAAAGUACUUUGCCAAACUCUGUGUGCCAUGUCGCCAAAAAAUAUUGGCCCUGUACUCCUGUGUUAUGGGUACUGCUUUGCAUCGUAGUAGUAGUGCUAUCAUUCUGCUUAGCCAUUGGAGUAUAUCUUGCCACAGUCACAAAGUGUGAACAUCCAAGGCAAUGGUGGCAAAGAGCUACUAUAUAUGAGGUGUUCCCCGCUUCUUUCCAAGACACAGAUUCUGAUGGGUUUGGUGAUAUGAAAGGCUUGGUGCGAAGAUUGGACUACAUACAAAAUUUAAGCGUAGAUAUUGUUCGACUGAAUUCUAUUUUCAGUGCUUUGGAUUAUCCACUUGAGUACGAACAUGUGAUCGAUUUCGCAAAUAUAGACCCCCAUUUAGGACGUUUAGAAGAUUUCCAGGAGUUUGCUUCGGAAGUUCAUGCUCGAGGCAUGCAUUUAAUUCUGGACAUCAAUCCAACCAUGACGAGUGAUCAGCAUACUUGGGCAGCUCAUUGGCUACUUCAUCGGCAAGGUCCAUUCGAACAUUUUUACUUCAAUAUAACUGAAGAAGAGGGAGAAGAACCUCCUUUAGAGCCAAAUCCAGAAUAUGCCGACGUAACAUGGACAUCUUCGCACCGGACCUUUGGAAGUCAUCUUUACUUGAAUUGGUCUAAUCCGAUCCUGCAGUUAGAGAUGAGAAAAAUAUUAGAAUUUUGGUUGUCUCAGGGUGUGGAUGGUUUUUAUUUCAAACAUCUGGAGAACAUGCAUGUUGAAGAUCGCUCUCACAUUCACCUAAUUCUUCACCAGUGGCGAAAAGUGUUAGACAUCCACAGCUUCAACAACAGUCACAAAGUUCUCAUGAUAUCACAUGAGAACAUAGAAUAUUUAUCAAUGGUUGUUGAUCCCAUGACAUUUACUUCAAUUCCAUCCAUGAUAGAUUUGGUUGAUGCAAGUCUCAGUUUAAGGAAACCAAAUUCUUCCGAACUAAUCGUUGUGGCUGAGGAGGUGAAGAGUCUGCGAAAGUUCUGGAAUCAGUUUCCCUUUCCUCCCACUAUCGUCUGGCAUCUGGGCGCUGUGGAAACUAUGCGGCUGGCAAACCGAAUCGGUUCGGAUUUCAACAUGGCUGGAUUGUUUUUACUUACUAUUUUACCUGGAUCGUUUUCCAUUUUUUAUGGGGAUGAGAUAGGAAUGCAAGAUUCGUUCGAUCCAAGUUCUAAGAAAGUGUACAGAGGAGGACAGUUAGGUCCCAUGCAAUGGACUUCAAACUACCAAGCCAAUUUCACAACUGAGAGUAAUUUACCAUGGUUUCCACUUCAUCCAAACUACGAAAACGUCAACGUAGAUUCACUACCGAAAAAACUUCAACUUUUCAAACAAUUAGCCGCCCUGAAGAGAAGCAGUCACCCCCUCUUACCAACAAUCGUUCGACCAGCCAUGCAAGAGGUGUUCUUUUUAUUCAAUACACCACAAGAAACGGAACCACCAGAAUACAGAUUCUACCAGAACCCGUGCGGAUUAUUUAUGACAGAGAUUCUUCAUAACGAAGGGGUUCUUUUCGCAAACUUUGGACGUAAAACGUUCAAACUAGGAGAGAAUGAUUGUAAAGACAAAGACGAUUUGAGAUCUUUCAUAACAUUCGAAACAUUCGAAGUGAUUCUGGCUACGAACAAGUCGUUAAUUGGGGAAAUGAAAUGGCGGGAUCUUGAGUUAAAUCCAGGUGAUGCCAUCAUUGGGCCCAUCAGCACCUGAUUUCUAUUUUUAUGUUUGGAAGGAUUUUAUCGGCUGGUAUAGAAAAGUUCUCCAUUCAUAUUGAUCUCAUAUUACAUCUUGCAAAUGAAGUCUUUUUUAAUCAUUGGAAAUUUUCUUAAAUUUACGCAGCGAAAUUUGAUGGUAUUGUAAAUUGAUUUCAAGUCCAUCUAUCAUUGUGAAAAUAAAAAAUCAUCAUGUGUAAACUUCAUGUUUUAAAGAAUAAUAAAUAAAACAUAAUAAAAAAAA